GUGAGUUGCGCCGCCGUGGUGAGAUUGUCUUUGUUGAGAAAAAAUGUCGACGCGAAAAAAGGUUUUAAUCCAUUAGUCAGAAAGUCUGGCAUUCUUUGUUUGUUGGUAAAAAGCGCAAUUGUUUGGCGGCGAGCGAGAAAAGUGCGCGGCUCCAGCGGGAUUGGAUUGGGAUUAUGUAAAUGCAGCAACGGCCUCAGCAGCAACGAAACUGCAAGCGAAGCAAGCUGCUCCACUCGGCCCCACGGACGAAAAAGCGGACGGACGCACGGACGGACACGGUGGCGUUGGCAAAGUGAAACCCCCAGUGAGCGGCGAAAGCGAGCGAAGACAUACACAGCAAGCGAACUAGCGAAAGAGAAACGCGACGCGGAGGAAGGAGAUUGGAGGAGGAGCAGGAGCAGGAGCGCCCCACAUCCCCAGGAUGGACAACUGCGACCAGGACGCCAGCUUCCGGCUGAGCCACAUCAAGGAGGAGGUCAAGCCGGACAUCUCGCAGCUGAAUGACAGCAACAACAGCAGCUUCUCGCCCAAGGCCGAGAGUCCCGGGCCCUUCAUGCAGGCCAUGUCCAUGGUCCACGUGCUGCCCGGCUCCAACUCGGCCAGCUCCAACAACAACAACAGCGGCGGAGACGCCCAGAUGGCGCAGGCGCCCAACUCGGCCGCAGCAGCUGCCGCAGCCGUCCAGCAGCAGUAUCCGCCGAACCAUCCGCUGAGCGGCAGCAAGCACCUCUGCUCCAUCUGCGGAGAUCGGGCCAGCGGCAAGCAUUACGGCGUAUACAGCUGCGAAGGCUGCAAGGGCUUCUUUAAGCGCACGGUGCGCAAGGAUCUCACAUAUGCGUGCCGCGAGAACCGCAACUGCAUCAUCGACAAGCGGCAGAGGAACCGGUGCCAGUACUGCCGCUACCAGAAGUGCCUCACCUGCGGCAUGAAACGGGAGGCGGUGCAGGAGGAGCGUCAGCGCGGAGCUCGCAAUGCGGCGGGCAGGCUGAGCGCCAGUGGUCCGGGUUCGGUCGGCUCCAGCUCUGUCGGUGGAGGCUCCAGCUCUGGCGGUCUGGGCGUUGGAUCCGGUGGAUUGGGAAGCGGCAACGGCUCCGACGACUUCAUGACCAACAGCGUGUCCAGGGACUUCUCGAUCGAGCGCAUCCUGGAGGCCGAGCAGCGGGCGGAGGCCCAGAGCGGCGAUCAGGCGUUGACCUACCUGCGCGUCGGCCCCUAUUCCACAGUCCAGCCGGACUACAAGGGCGCCGUGUCCGCCCUGUGCCAGGUGGUCAACAAGCAGCUCUUCCAGAUGGUCGAAUACGCGCGCAUGAUGCCGCACUUUGCCCAGGUGCCGCUGGACGACCAGGUAAUCCUGCUGAAGGCCGCCUGGAUCGAGCUGCUCAUCGCGAACGUGGCCUGGUGCAGCAUCGGGUCCCUGGAUGACGGCGGUUCGGGAGGCGGCGGGGGCGGUGGCCUCGGACACGACGGCUCCUUUGAGCGGAGGUCACCGGGACUGCAGCCGCAGCAGCUGUUCCUCAACCAGAGCUUCUCUUACCAUCGCAACAGUGCGAUCAAAGCCGGAGUGUCGGCCAUAUUCGAUCGCAUCCUGUCCGAGCUGAGCGUGAAGAUGAAGCGCCUGAAUCUGGACCGACGCGAACUGGCCUGCUUGAAGGCGAUUAUACUGUACAACCCGGACAUACGCGGGAUCAAGAACCGGGCGGAAAUCGAGAUGUGCCGGGAGAAAGUGUACGCCUGUCUGGACGAGCACUGUCGCCUGGAACACCCCGGCGACGAUGGACGCUUCGCGCAGCUGCUGCUGCGCCUGCCCGCGCUGCGAUCGAUCAGCCUAAAGUGUCUGGACCACCUGUUCCUCUUCCGCAUCACCAGCGACCGGCCGCUGGAGGAGCUCUUCCUUGAACAGCUGGAGGCGCCGCCGCCGCCCGGCCUGGCGAUGAAACUGGAGUAGGGGUCGGACUCUGACGUCGACUCCAUUCUCCGCCCGAAUAAUGUUUCAUUGUGAUUGCGUUUGUUUGCAUUUCUCCUCUCUGUCCCCCAAUAUCCUGCAAAAACCCCUCUAAUAUUACGCUAAAUGUGUAUGUAAUUGUUUAUUUUUUUUUAUUACCUAAUAUUAUUAUUAUUGAUAUAGAAAAUGUUUUCCUUAAGAUGAAGAUUAGCCUCCUCGACGUUUAUGUCCCAGUAAACGAAAAACAAACAAAAUCCAAAACUUGAAAAGAACACAAAACACGAAAAGAAAGAGAAGCACACAAGCAAAGUAAAAAGUAAAAGUUUAACUAAAGCUAAAGGAGUAAAAAUAAUAUAUAAAGGUUAAAAAUUAUAGCAUAGUUAUGAUCUACAGACGUAUGUAAACAUACAAGUUCAUUAUACAAAUAUGUAUAUGUCGGCAGGCGCAUAUCUGCGGUGCUGGCCCCGUUCUAAAUCAAUUGUAAUUACUUUUUAACAUAAUUGUACCCAAGCGUUAUCAAUUACAUGCGAGAUACAAAAAACACAGACGAAAACCAACAAAAUAUAUCUAUGUAUAAAAUAUAAACUGCAUAACAAGA